CAACAGGUGAGCUGGAGUCCAGCGCUAGAAACGUUAAGAGAGAGCUCGAGACAUCACGGCGGGAUCAACGUUAACCACGGUGAUGAUGAGAGGCCGCUGACAGACAGAUAAACUACACCCAUACAUCUUUUACUUCCGGCUGAAGAAAUCCAAAGGAGUGAGCUGUAAACCUCCUUUUGUUACCUUCCACCAGACAAUCCAGACAUUCCCUUUGCAAUCUGGAUAAGGAUGGGACGUCCCGCAGUGCUUUUGUUUCCUGUGAGAGGAAAACUUCAAUCACCUCAACGCUCCGUCUUCAUUGGUCCGUGCAGCGUUUCAUGAAACCUCUCGAGGUGUCGUCCUAUUGGUUCCUCACUCCACUGUGAAGACCUGUCAGCCAAUCAGCACGCGCCUGGCAGCGUCUCCUCUGCAGCAGAUUUCUACUUGAGUUGGGACAGAGCACAACAACACGGACACACAGAGAGAGAGAGAGAGAGAGAUCGAGGUUCACCACAGCUGAAUCCAGGAUUCUGCACAAGCGGUCUCCAACAUGGAGGUCCCCAGGAGGCCUCAGCCCUCCUCCUUCACACUGGCUCUCCCUAAACCGGCCUCAUCCGCUCUGUCGCCCCUCGGAGCCGCAGAGAAGGUCGCCAACAAAGACCCGAGGAAGGAGAAGCUCCAGGAGAAGAACGACGAUGGAGCCGCAGAGAGAGAUCAGUUUGGAGAGGAGACGUUCAGCACCGAGGAGGAGCUCAAUAUGUCGGCCGAGACCUCCGAACCUGUGAAUACAAAUACCUCCGCCCAGGAAAUAAAUGUAAGACUUUCCUCACUGGAUAGUUUCUCAGAGGAGAGCUCAAUGUCAGAGGAGCGGAUGGCAGCGGAGGCCGAAGAGGCCAGAAAGAAGUGUGAAGAGGAGGAAGCGGCGGCUAAAGAGAGGGCCGCCCAGAGACAGAUGCUGGCCCUCGAGGAGCUGGUCCAGUCCGAGAGGAAUUACCUCCGACUGCUGCAGCUCAGCACUGUGACCAUCAGGAGCAACCUGCAGAAGCUACAGCCUCCUCCAGCCAGCCUGGACAGCAUGUUUCUCUACAUCGAGGAAGUGAUGGACGUGUCCAGUCGACUCCUCAACCUGCUGGACCAGAAGCAGGUUCAGCCUGGAGACCCUCACUUCCUGGAGACACUCUGUGACUCGUUCCUCAGCCUCUCCUCAGACAUCGAGGUGGCCUACAGGGAAUACCUGGCCAACUACACCCAGGUGACGGUGCUGGAGAACAGCUACAAACAGAAGGAGGCGCUCUGGAACGACAUCGUCGGAGUCAUCAAGACCUCUGCGCCCGAAAUAAACGCCACCUCUCUGAGUUUCUUCCUGGUGAUGCCGGUGCAGCGCAUCGCCCGCUACCCGCUCCUCCUGCAGACCAUCCAGAAACACACGGACAGAACCCACCCAGCCUACGCACUUCUGGAGCAGACCGCUCACACCUCCAUCGCCCUGAACUGUCGCAUCAAUGAGUACAAACGCUUCAGAGAAGUUGCUGACAAAUACAAGAAGACAGAAACCCUGACCAUAAAGGACAAGAUCAACCGCCUCAACACCCACAGCAUCGCCAAGAAGACAGCGAGGCUCAGCCAGCACAUCAAACACGAGACUGGGAUAGUACCUAAGCUGGUGGACGAGGAGUUUGACGUUCUGGAAGGUUUCUUCUAUGUUCUUGAGCACGGGAUCCUGGAGCUCCUUGAGAACGUGGAGACGUACCUGUACCACCUUCAGCGGUUCCUGUCCUGCAAAACAGAGGAGUUUGACCUGGACAUGGACGGAGAGAAGGACCCUAUUUGUUACAAGGAGAUCUCGACCGCUCUCAGACAGUGGAUUCUGCCUACAUUUGAGAAGAGGAUGAGGACGUUGAUCCACAAGCCGCUGUGUGCACUCCGUGACCUCCUGGUGGGCCCGAGGAACCUGAUCAGGAAAAGGCUGGACAAGCUGCUCGACUACGAGUUGAUCGAAGCCAAAUCCAACCUGAGCUACGAGGAACAGGAUGUGGCCAACACGUACAGGACAAUCAACACGUUGCUCCUCAAUGAGCUCCCCCAGUUUAAUGGCUUGGCGCUGCAGAUGAUCUGGAGCAUGCUGGGGACGUUCAGCUGUCUGCACAAAGACCUCGCCUCCGACAUGGAGCAGCUCUUCCAGAGCUUCGCCCAGCAGCUUCCUCACAGCUCUCUCAACCGCAGUGCAUUCUGGGAGUGGGCGGAGUGUGCUGUGCUUGAAGGUGCGAGGAGGAUGGAGACUUUGUGUCGAAGUGUGGAGGACACGCUCAACGCUCCCGCCGCCCAGCCUCUGAGUCCAUCGUCUCAGCGCCGUCUGAAGCAGCUGACCGGUAAGCACGGUUCUGGGAAGAUCUACCAGGUGAUGGGGACGGUGGUGGGCAGCCGGGACCUGGACCUGAACCUGGCCAGAGGAGAGCUGGUGGCCAUCAUCAGUGAGGCGGACACCCGCGGAGACAAACGGAGAUGGCUGGUCGAUGCAGGAGGCAGACGAGGGUACGCUCCUUCCUCGAAGCUGAUUCGCUAUCACCAGCCAACAGAUGACCCGCCUCCUUCUCCACACCUGAUGCUGCCUGAGGGCAUGACGGCAAUCAGACGACACUCCUACACCCCAGAGAGCCGGCCACUGACGGUCAUGAGCCAGCCCUGCUUCCAGGUGCUGGCGGCGUAUAACUUCACAGCGAGAGGAAACCACGAAGUUUCUCUCUGGGCCGGCGAGCCAGUUCACGUCCUGGAGCCCCACGACAAACGAGGGAACCCUGAGUGGAGCCUGGUGGAGUCGAGAGGUGGGAAGAGAGGCUACGUGCCCUCCAACUACCUCACGAUCACGCCUAUGGGGGCCGGGCCACCCGGCACGUACUAGCCCCACUGCUAGGAGGGAAGGAAAGGAAGCAUGUAGAGUACGACAGAGGAUUCACCGAUACCGUCUCCAUUAUUGUUUUUCAGUUUUAAGGCUGGAUUGUUUUCGCUUAUCUUCGGACUUGAGCUAGACCCACUUCCUGUGCAGAAGGAAAGUAGAAGUCGUCAAAAUAAUUUAUUAUGUAGCUCAGAAUCACAAAGUGGCCUCGAAUGGCUUUACAGCAUAGAACAGCUUCUAUCCUGAGACUCUUGAUUGAAUGAAGUAAUGUCGUAACUGUUUACAAGUGAGGGCUUAUCGGCCUGCUCUUUUUAGUGUUCGCAGUAAACGCGGAGCGAAAGCGUGGCGCAAAUAGCUGCAAAUAACGGGAUGUGGAAUCUGCUUAAUAUUUGCGUGAAGACAUGUCGUUACUGAAAGUGUUAAAUGGAGGAACAAAUAUUUUAGUAUUGUCUAUCUGUACAGAGACCGGUCAAAACUAAAUGUGUUUAAGUGUCUGUGUAUAAACUAUAGACUGUCUAUGAUAUAAAUAGUAACGGCGCUGCCAUAUUUAUAAAGCCCGGCACUGAUCGAUGCAAGCUGCAUUCAGAUAACAAGCGUUUUAAAAGUUGUCCGCUUGUCGUCUUGUGGACGAAGCUGACGAAGCAUGCGUCAGACUUUUAUCAAGUCGGUAUUAUUAGUUUACGUCGGCAUCCUUUUUAUCUGUUUAUAUAAGUGGAGAAGACAAAACGCUAGAAAGCCACCGAUGAAGUGUAACGCUAGCACGUGUGCGACAGAAGGCCUUCACACAUUUGCACUGUUGUGGCGUUUCGAUGUGGAAAGUUAACCUGUGAAACACUCGUGGGCGAGGAUUACCUUCCAUACGUCGACAGAGCUUUAAGAACGCUCUGCUUCACCGUGGCCAUGAUCCCACAGAGUGCUGAAUACAUAAAUAAAUGUGGAACACUGGAAAGGAGGAAGGAAGCUUACAGCCCUGGUGCUGGUUAGCUAUAUGGUGCUUGCUCAUGAGCACUUUGGACAGAUGCUUGCUCUGCACCUUGAGGCUGAAGGACAAUCUUCAACCAUGGGUGACAGCUGACCUCUGAUAGAAGAGAUAUCCCAUGAUCCUCUGCGGGACAAAAAGGACACUUGAAUUGAAAAGGAUAGCGUGCAUGUUCUCAUUAGUCCGUGUUUUAGCGAGCUAAAAGCAACGUGUGUGUGUGUGUGUGUGUGUGUGUGUGUGUGUGUUUUGAGUCUCCUCCUCACCUGGAGGUAGGAGCAGUAUUGUAUGGAGACUGACAGGUACACAGCGCUCUCAUCAUCUCAGACUGUGUGACGUAAAUGUGAAAUGUCUCCAGGGCCGAGCAGGAGAGAUGAGGUGGGGGGGGUGAAAGAGUCAGAGCGACUAUGGAAAAAGGAUGUGAGAGAAAAGUUCCUCUUCCCUCCUGUCUCUGUAAAGGUGCCGUGUCACCGGUGCACUUUCCUUCUCUCAGCUCCUCGUGCAGUGAGACACUGAAUCGCUCCGUAAGUUUUUUGGGGCUUAGAAAGGUUUUGAUCGAUGGAUCUUAAAUAGUACAGACGAGGACUGAAGCGACUUUCUUCCGUAUUUAAUGGGCGCCUGACGAUGUGCCUCUCCCCGUGGCAUCUCUUCCAGUCUGAAGGACUGUGGAGACAUUUAGCUACAGCAGGAUUUAAGCUGUUUUUGUUGGUUUAGCAAAUGUUUGCCACAAAGUCUACAGAUCUUCAUGACAAGAAGAGACAUUCUGUGCUGAAACAAAGUACCUUUCAAGGAACAUUCUGUUUCUAGACAUUUAACUUUUAAAGUGCAACAUCCCAAGACAAUCAUUUCUCCAUUCGUUUAUUAUGUAUGAUGCAUUUAUUUACAGCUAAAAGAUCCGGAUGUCAGCAGUCUCACCAUGUUGGAUGUAGAAUUAACGCCUCACGGUCGUAUAACACAGUCGAGUUUCAGUUUACAUGCACGUCUGCCCAAAAUCACUUCAUCAUUUUAUCCUUUUAGACAUUUGUAUAAAAUCUAUAAUUAACAUUUCAACUCUUCAGUUCUGGGCAAAAAUGUCUUUUGUGAGUUCAUAGUGAUUUUAAACACUUUUAAGAGAUUCCUUAUAUGUUCAUGAUCGGCAUGCUAAAUAAUGCAGCGACUUUAUUCCAAAACAAAAAUGGAUUAAAUGUGAAGAGCUUAAGCAGCAAAACGGUGUAACCCGACAUAAAAAACACCACGAAGAUCAAAAUAGGCAUCUAAAAAUAUUUAUCUGUUUAGCCACUAAAUCGGUAUUUAAGAUAAAGACGCGGUCAAUUAAUUGUAGUUGCCAGCCGGUGUCAAAAUUAAUAAUAAUUGCCCUGCUUUAAGAGUAGAAUUUGAAUCUCUUUUCAAGGAUGAAGCGACUUUUAAAUGUGUAAAUUUGUAAAUAACCUUUAUUAUCUUAUUCUCCGUCCAACGCAGCGGCGUCUGCUUGACAGUGACUGCAGAAGACGUUUCCUGAAAGUGUGGUGUUUUGCAUAGAUCCAAUGUACAGUGCAGCAUCAGCUAGCAGAGGGAGGGAGCUGCUCAGCUGGAGCUGAGCUGCUCCCAUUCGUCUGAAUGUCAGGACGGAGCAGAGCAGCGGGAGGGACGGGGACAGUGUGUGUGUGUGUGUGUGUGUGUGUGUGUGUGUGUGAGAUGUCACUAAUAUACCAAAAUACCAAAUGUCCUCCAGGGUUAGCACGCGGAAGGACGAGGAAGAAAAUCCCCCGACACGACCACGUUGUACCUGCUUUCACCGCUUCAAAGGCCAGUUUAGGGCGAAAGGAACCAUUAAAUGUUGAUAAAAAAUAACAUUAAACGCUCAGCACCCUCAACACACGUUUAUGAUACUUACACAUUUUGUUUAUCAAGAUAAUUCACUUUUAUGGUUCUUGGAGCGUGAACACAAUCACUAGAAAACACAAGCUAAAGUUAGGCUUUAAAAGAGUGUUCUCGUGAGGACGCUUAGUCGUCUCAUUCAGACACUUUGAAGUAACCGCCUUUUUUAAGACACUUAGAAUUCACCAGAGGGGUAAUAUCUGACGUAUUUGAUAUCGUAGAACAAAAUGUUUGAAUCUCUUUAUCUUGGCUUCACCACAGACCUUAUUUCGGGCACUAACCAAAAACAC